AUGCCGCUCCCGUCCCUCCGCGCUCUGCUCGGGCUCCUCCUGCUGCUCCCAGGUUCCACAGCUCCCACAAACUCCUCCACCCCUGCUGGAACAGGUUCAUCCCCACCAACAACACCCAGCCCUGAAGCCAAGAACCACGGCUCAGAGCCAUCAGUAAAAGCAACACCACUGACGAACCUGAGCCUCACCUCUGUGAGUCAAACUACUACAGCCAAACCCUCCCCCAGCACUACAACACCCCUGACAGCAAUCACUGAGAGAGAUGAUAAGUCCAGUGGAAACAGAAGCACGGCAGCUCCUUCUCCAGCACCUCGAGGUCAGGAUCACAUGAGGAAUGAGAGCACCACAACAUCAGCGACUCAAGGCACCUCAAAACCCAUCACCCCAGCACCCAACUCCUCCAGCCAAUGGCCCGAGUCCACCACCCCGACAGACGAGAAAUCACCGCUGACAGUGGCAGCUUUUGGUGUCAUCAGCUUUGUCGUUAUCCUGAUAGUGGUGGUCAUCAUCCUGGUCAGUGUGGUCAGCCUGAGGUUCAAGUGCAACCACUCCAAGGACCCUGAAGACAAACAGAAACCAGGAAGCUCCAUGGUAUCAGAGAGCUGCUCGGCAGACAUGAGCCAGAAGGGGAACAGCAUCACUCUGAUCUCCAUGAAGAACAUCAACACCAACAACAGCAUGAGCUAUCCCCCGUCAGAAAAGGUUUCCCUCUUCAGCCUUGCUUUUUAG